AUGUACUCAACUCGGUUAGUGUUCAAGAGCGGCGGUACCCUAAAAGGAAAAACGGACGGAGCUCGUUCACAGUCAAAGAAAAUCACAACUGUCUCAUCUUCCUCACCAUUCUUUUGCAAGGACUUCCGUUCGCCUAUAAUUUCGCAUGUGAAACGUGCAUCUUCGUGCUUUAUGAGAUUACAUUCACAUGGUGUGAAAGCAGUUCGGUUUGAGCGAGAAAAUUCGGUACCUUCACUUGGGGCUUUACAAAGAAGUGCUCAGGUUGGCGCAUACUUGCCCGAGUCUUUUGAAGAGGUUUUUUUUCAACUCUCUGAAGCAUCUAAGGUUAAUUACCCCAUCCCAAAGGAAGGAUUUUACCAGUUCUCUGCGGACUCCUCAAAGACGCCAGCCUUGCGUGCCGGAGCCCUCGACAGAUAUAGUGUUAGCUUUCCACCGCGUUGGAAAGAGUUGCCUGUGAGUAACGCUAAAAGUGGAAAUUAUUGUCAGCCACGCUGCGAUGAAGCUACUACCGAGGUCGGUUUUUCGGAUCCAGCGCAGGGAACUUUGCAAAUUAUCAUCAUACCGACUACAAAACUUCUUAUAUCAAAAAAGUUCCCAAGUAUGGGUGAUGUUGGUACAAUCAGUAACGUAAUAAAUGCUAUUUCACCAGCAAUUACUGGAAGUGUUGCAGCAGAAGAGGAAGAAAUUUUGGACAAAGAGGAAUUCACAGAGAAAGGAAGGGUUUAUUAUCAGGUACUUCAAAAACCGGACAAUUCUCUCAACUUUUAUUUAAAUUUUUACAAGUAUGAGUUGCUCACACCCUUCGCGGAAACUGGCUUGCAUAACAUUGCAAAAAUUACUACUUCACAAAAUUAUGUCAUCAUGGCAUCAAUAUCUGCUUCUGAGGCUCAGUGGUCUGCAAAUGAGAAGACAGAAGUUCUUUCUUAUCCUUACUUUCUCGUGACCUUAUCAAAAGAUGAGACACCGAUCACAGCAGCAGCGAUAGCUGCAAGUACUACACCCCCGGCAACAACAGACAACAACGUGUUCUUUAAAGAAGGUGUGAUGGCAGCUGUUUCGUUGAUAGCUUCACUCAUUGCAAAAGAAGGAGCCACAAAGCUGGCUGUGCUGAGAGAAACUGCUGCGCUGAUCUUUUCCACAUUCUUUGCGACCUUUGAAAUGCUCGCAACAGGAGUGGAAGAAACCUAUUCGUAG